AAAACAAAUCCGUGGCCGAUACCGAUCUGGUGAUGUACAAUCGUAUAGUAUAUAAAUAAAUAGUAACAAAAAUACACAAAACUGUUGAAUUCUAUGCGUUCUGUGCUUCGUCUCUUGCAGCCGAAAAGAAUUGCAACCACCGUCGACGCAGCAGGAAACAGCAGGAUGUUUUCUUCUGGACAGGGCAAAACCAAGACUUAUCCAACAACGUUGGAAGGCUUUGGAUACGGAUUUAACGAAGAGGGUAAAUUAAGGCAGAUAGAUAAGGACACCGGUAAAUUGACCGAUAAAGCUUUCGACUUCAACAUCUACACCUCGGCACAGGAAAACCAAGCUCAUUAUGAAGCCCUUGGUGAAGUAAUUACUGAGGCGAUAUACGAAAGGUUGGAGAAGACUGUGGGCCUGAAGAAGGUGUUUUUACCGGAUGAUGUUCCCACUGAGGAAGCAACCUUCAUAUUCAGCACUCAGGAGAAACUGGACAAACCGAAAAAGCUGCUAGUUUUGAUCCAUGGCAGUGGGGUGGUACGCGCUGGACAGUGGGCAAGAAGUCUUAUUAUCAACCAUUCGUUGGAAGCUGGAACACAGAUCCCGUACAUUAACAAAGGCAGAGAACUAGGCUACGAAGUCCUGUUGACUAACACCAACGAUAACUACCGCAAAAUAGGCUCCUCGUCCAAAGGAAUCAAGGGAAGCCGAAACCCUACGGAGCACGCCGUGUCCGUGUUUGAAAAGCACGUCAUCGGUAGUAAUCCACAGGCAGUAGCAAUUGUUGCUCAUAGCUACGGUGGAGUUGUAACCGUAGAGUUGGCACAAAAAUUUCCGAAAUUUUUCAAAGAAAAGGUGUUUGCUGUCGGAUUUACCGACAGUGUUCACUCGCCGUCGCUCGUUCCGGAACCUCUGAUUGAGAUCGGCCGCAAUUGGGUAACCUCGAAAGAGCCACUCGACACGACGCUCACCAUUUCCAAACACGACCUACCGCGAUACUCAGCAGGUCAUAUAAAACAUGAGAUGACAUCCUAUUCGUGCAUGGAUGCGUUGUUUAAAUUCUUUGAACAAAGAUACGAACAGUUUGCCAGGAAAGAUGCCGGACCGGAUUCCAAGAAACCGAAAAGUGAAUUGUAACUGAAGGGAAAUUCUCCCCAGUUUGCACGCUGCCACCUUCUUUUGAUAAAGUAAACCAGCAAGCACCAACAUGCUGUAUAAAAUUUCAGAUUGUGCGAAUAAAAUUAAGUC